GGUGUCAGAUUUCUCAGUUUUGAGCUGAACACAACAGGCAUCGCGUAUCUCAAAUCUUGUUUAUGCAGUUUUCGCACGAGUGCGCAAAUAUUUGACUUUGUUCCUUCAAGUAUAAAGAUGCUGUUUGCUCGACUCAUUGUUGUGCCAUGCAAAUAUUAUGCGUAAACCAAUGGACCUUGAAGGUUUGGGUAUUGAGCCAAAUCAUUGAAGUAUGUCUGUGAUACUUAGUAAAUAAAUUCGCAGUAAAACCUGCUGUUUUUAAUGCAUAUAUCAUUCGUUUUAAUUUGUUGAGUAGUGCGAACAAUAUGUGCUCUUUAAUCUCUCGAUUCUUGUCCCAAAUCACGAGGAUAAGACGAUCGGAGAAGCAAGAGAAUUUGACUUUUUGAUUACGCCUGGGAGUGUUUCUGUAUUGUCAACCGCUCAACAUUUGCUCGGCGCUUGUUUCAAUUCUGGCAUAUUCGUUGUCGUUGGAAUUGCGGUCAAAGAAAUCGCUGGACCAUCUAUGAUAUUAGCAGUUAUUCUUGGAGCUGUAUUUUCCAUUUUCAAUAGUCUAUCUUUAUGUGAACUUUGCAAAAGAUUUCCGUCCAAAACAAGCUACUAUGACAUUUUGUAUGAAAACGUCGGCGAAGCAUUUGCGUACAUGAUCGCUUGGUUAAAACUAUCCCAAAACCUGUUUAUGGUGGCUUUGAUUACUGUAACUGUCGGUAACUACAUAUAUUACGUUGCAGAUGCACCAUCCCAUAUUUCGUGGUUACCUCCCCAUAAAAGAUGGGCAGAAAUUGAGUUGGACACGCUGGUAUUUUCCCUUGCCUUUUUGGUCCUGGUUUCUGGUGUGGUUGCUGUAGGUUUGCCUCUGUCUUCUGGUUAUGUAAUUUCAUUGUUUUGGGUCAAUGUUACUGCAUUUAUGUUUAUGUUAGUACUUUUGUUAGUAUAUGCUGGUUCUUUUAAAUGGCUUUCUCGUGAAAGCUUUCAGCCAUUUGAGUUCAUGGGCACAUUGGAAGGAGCUGCAUUGUCUGUAUUUUUCUACUCAAAUCUUGAUGAAAUUGUAGAAAUGUCCACUCAGUUUAAGACCACCAACAGCCUUGCUGCAAUCUCGCUAUGUGCAGGCCUGUUGUCUGUUCUAACUUAUUACUUUUCGGCAAUUGUUUUUGUUGCAAGCUCGUUGCCUUUGGAUAAGAUUUCGGCAGUGGCUACGGUUCCCAAGAUAUUUUCAUAUACUACAUUUUAUGAUUCAAAAUAUGUCUUAUCUUCAAUUGCGUUUCUAGUUUUCAUUCUCACUGCGAUGAGGGCUUAUGUCAAUGCACAAAGAUCUUGCAAUUUAUUAACUGACGAUGGCUUAAUCCAUCGUAGCGUAUCAAGUGUGAAGCAAACACACCCCCUUUUUGUUUUAUUCAUUGCACUCUUGUCUAUUCCUUUAUUUGUAUGGAUAUCAGUUGCAAGCCUUAUAGAGGGAUUCUGUGCGAGUUCUUUAAUUAUGACCAUCCUUAUCAAUGCCACACUAAUAUCAGUUCAGUAUCAACCACAAGAAAAACCUGAAAAUGGCAACUCGGUAUUUCCAAGCUGGAAAGCAACAAAAAGUUUGCUUGUAAGACUAGUACUUUGCUGUGGCUGCUUGGCCCAUAGGAAGAUUCUCUCGAAACUUGGAAUCAGUGAAGAUUCAGAACCAACAACAGAAACAAGCAAGUUAGUCAACUGGGCCAUAAUCUUUUACAUACCAUCCGCUCUAGCCUUGGCUAUUGCAUUGGUUUAUGGGAUACCGGCCAUUGAUCAGGAUAAAUGGUUUGUUGUUGGUGUGCUGAUUUAUCUCAUGGUGGUGAUAUUAUUUAAUUUUUGUGUGUUAGCAACUGAACCACGAGUGAAAUCUGUUCAUUAUGACAAUGGUAUCAUGGCAUCAUUUAUUCCAUUGUUUAACAUAAGUCUGUCCUGUGUUUUGUUGGUUACAAUUCGUUGGAAAGCAUUUAUUCCUGUUGGUGGGUGGACUCUGAUAGGCAUACUCGUAUACUUCUUCUAUGGUUUCAAGCACAGCAAUGAAGCAAAUUUUAAUCAAGGGCACCACUAUGUUGAGACGCCUCCUGGCCGUGUGAAAUUUCAUUCAUCACCACAACUUGGUACGAAAGUGAAGCGUAUACAGCCAGAUAAUUUCGUCGAUCAAACGUCGCCAUCUUGGUCUUCUGAUGAAGAAAAAAACUUUGACUUUCCUCAAAAAUAAUUAAUUCGUUGUUGGCUUUUGAAAUCGUUGACUUUCUAAAAUUGAUGAUUUUUUUUAAAAUGAAAUGACAAAAAUUUUUCUUACUUGUGCAACUUACAGAUUACAGUAUUCUAAAAUUCAAUGAAAGUUUCUAGGUAUUAGGUAAGUUGAAAUAAUUUAAAGAAUGAUUGUAUUGUACUUUUAAAGUGAAUCAAACCGCAGACACUAACGAAACGCUGUGUAAAUACAGCAAAAAUUAUGCAGCGGAAAAUUUAAAUACAGAACACUUUUUGCAAA